AUGCUGCGGCGGCUCUUCCGACCGAGGCCUACGCCGUUGCUGCUGCUAAAUAGAGACGGCCCCUCUCUCUUUGUAGCGAGGAGUGGAAUUGUGCAGCCUGCUGGCGUGCAGAAUUUGCAUCGUCCAGGCGAGUCUACUGCUGCGCCGGCGUCCUACGCGUUGCAACAGACUUCUGCAAGGCCAUCGUUUGAUGCAAUUGGACAGUCCAACGUUAAAGUGCUACUAGCUAGAGCCCAGUACGCUCUUUUCACGUUUGGGUGUAAUGGCACAACGGGUGAUUACUCUCUCUAUUGUGCGACCACGAACGAGCUCGUAUGCAUGAAACAGGAAACACUCUGGAAGGCAGUGUUUUGGAUGGAAGAACGUAUUGGUGAUGAGUACAUUGCAGGCAUUUUGUUUCCGAGCGAUGGCUCCGCAACUCUCAAAGAUGCUGCCACCCUCCUGAAGACGAAGUCUCGAAAGAGAAUUGUGUUAGCUCCAGACGCUUGGGGAAUCGCUUUCUCGGCGCUUAAAAAUCAGCAGGAAUUUGUGCGUGGCAUGGAACUCCCCUCCAGCCUCGAACAUGCCGCAUUUCUGCUGACAAGGACGCUCUACAAACCUUCAGUCACUGAUCCCACAGUGUUCGACUUUAUAACAGGGUCGUAUAUUUCUUGCUCAUGCGCCGAUCUUCCAGGUGCGUCACGGGACGCUCUACUCUGCUGGUGUGUUCUCUUCAACGUCCAUAAAAAAUUUGGCACGACUGGAAACCGAAAAGUCAUGAAUCCCAUUGAUCAAAUUGUUCGGCGAGUCGUCAAGGCUGUCAACAUCUUUGUGGUGGACAUCAAUGUUAGAGUUGGCAAGGGAACCAUUGCCGAGGGGUUUACGAUGAUUGUGACGAUCUAUGAUGCCCAAAAACGAACACAGACAGUUCAUAUGAUUCGUAGUUUGGCUGAGGAGACGUCAAAACGUAAUGCAUUGAACGUUUUGCUCUAUGGUGAGGGUACGUCGUCAAUUUCUCUAUUUGUUCCUACAGGGAGGACUAAGUCGGCGCAACUACUCGCCUUUGCGCGUAGCUGUCGACCGUCUUGCCCCUUUUUUGUUGCAGAAGUCUCGAGUUUAGCACCGUUUUUUGUGGGAACAAAAGUGGCGGAAGGACUCGACGAGGAAAAAGAUCCACGCGCCACGUGGGCGACAAUUCGGGCAAAUUGUUUUCCGGAGAGCACACACAAAAAAGACGAAGAACAACUCGACAGGAAGCUGCAACAAGGCUUCACAGCCCUCGCCAAUAAACUUUUUUCUGACCGAUUACACCGUGUCUCGCCUACGUUGAUGUCGUCGGUGAAUACUAUUCCCGUGCAAGAGGAUGCACACAAAGCACUGGAGCGUGUGGGUAAGUUGGAGGAGGCCGAACGUAAUAAUCCUGUUCCACACGUAACGCAGUCAGCCUUUCUAAAUAACGUCAACAUUAACGACGCUGAGGUUGUGUUUCGUUUACAGCAGUGGCGCUCGAACAUUUAUGAGAACCCAGAACGUCUUGAGCGGGAAAAUAAGGCGUUGGCGGGAUUGAAGCACUACCUCGUCUUGGACCUCGAGACUACCACUGUGCGCCGCUACAAACGUGUCGCCAAUCCAUUCACAAAGGAGAACUACGUUGUGAUGUCUGGUGCUCGCGACUACAAUGGAAAAGUGUUUAUACCGACACGUUAUUUCAAUCGAAAUAUCGCGUUACGAUAUGAUGAUUACAGCGUAACUAGCACAUGUAACUUGGUGGAGGGCUCAUCAAUGUAUUCGUUGUUUCUACCCCCCCUCGACGACUACGACGUUAUUGUGGGACACAACAUCAAGUUCGACUUGCUACACAUAUGGCGUGAUGCAGAGCUGUGCCGGUUUCUCAAGAGAGGUGGAAAAGUGUGGGACACCAUGUACGCCGAGUACUUGCUCACAGGUCAUGAGGUGAAACUCGGCCGCGGCGCAGGUCUGGAGGAUGUAGCGAAAUCGUACGGGGGUCAGUGCCCAAAGUUGGACGCGGUAAAGCAGGCUUGGGCGCAGGGAAAGGAGACGUCCGAAAUUCCGUAUGCUACACUGAAAGAGUACCUUCAUGGUGAUCUGGAAAACACAGAGCUGAUUUUCAAAAAACACACGGAACGCGCUCUUGUACAACGGCAGGCUAUAAUCAUCGUAGCUCGUAUGGAUGGUCUCCUGUGCACAACCGAAAUGGAGUACAACGGUCUCAAGACAAAUGUGCAGCUCGCCAUAACGCAGAGUAACGAGCUAAUGGGCAAGGUUACGGAGCUUCGGAAACAUCUUGACAACGCAAUUCCAAAGGAGAUUCCGGCAGACUGCCGAAAGUAUUUUAACUGGUCGUCAAAUCAGCACCUCAUCGCCCUCUUUUUUGGUGGAAAACUGAAGCUCAACACAAACGCUCGUGAGAGUAAACUUCUGCCUGGGGAAACCUUUGAUCGCCACACGUUAUUUGUUCCAGCAGAAGAGUAUACUAGAGACCGUUUUCCCAAAGGUGUGUUUCUGCGCCCACCGGUGCAUGUGAUUGGCCCGGCAGACUGUCUAAUUAUGGCAGGUGGCUCCCUGGUAAAGGGAACAAAGAUAUUCAAGACAUAUUACGAAGCGUAUGUAAAACAGGCUGGCUUGCGGAAGAGUUCAUCACUUACAGAUUCAUUAAGCCGCGAGAUGGUUGCCGUGUCGAGGGUGGAACUUGAUAAGCGCAGCGAACCUGAUGCACUCGUCAAUCUGCUCCCCAGGCGCCACCUUUUUUUGUUUGUGGCAAUGACGCCAACUGCAGCUGGCGCCAUCGAUAAACUCUUCGUGAAGAACGCAGUGACAGGAGAAUCCUUGACAAUAUUAGCAGAUCAAACAGAUAAGGCUUCGCGGUUACGCUCCUUUUUGGAGCAGCAGGUGAAUGCGUACACAGAGAUGCUACUUCCCGUCGAUGAGGAUGGUGAUUCCGCGUCCAAUGGUAGCGCCUUUGUUGAUGCACACGUUACUAUUUUGGCCAGGGAUGCGCCAUUCUCUUGCAGACGUUUGCUGGAGUCGGAUGAGGGGAUUAAGUCGUACUUGGCAUCCCAUGAUGGUACCAUCUCUAGUGUAGAUGGGGUGCCACGCUAUGUGAUUAGCGUGGCUGAUACAGUGUCAACACUUACGUAUUAUCGUCACGCGUACGGCGCUGCCACAGAAGCAGCGUGGAAGACUCGUGGUUCUUGUGACGAGUCAAAACUUGUAUUUCCAUUUAAGGCCUGCCCACGUCCAGGUCAAUCAAAAACUGCAACAGCAGAUGCAUUUAGAAAUAUGCUUCUGCGUGAGGCCUCCAUGAGGCCGGAGGAGUGGUGCAACUAUUACAUAGACAUCUUUCUGCACAUUGGUGAUGCCGCUUUGAAGAACGAUGCACUUGCGCCUGAAGUUGUGGUGAAAAAGUCGGUCAAGCCCAAGAACAAGGAUAUUGCAAGGAAGCUGAGCACUCUUCCAAUUCUUCUACGUGAACGUCGUGCGUUUGUUGGGUAUUACAACUCUCUUCCUGUUAAUGAGAGAAGACGUUUGGCCCUGAUGACAAUGAUGGGCAGGACGUGUGCCUCUGUUUACGAUGCUUUUGGGGUGCAGUGCUCACACGACGAUGUGGUGGAGGUUCAAAUUCGUGGUCGUUUGUCUACGUAUGUGCCGAGUCAACUUGAUGCCGAGCAAGUGAUGCGAAAGUUCCGGAGUACAACGACAAGGCAGCUUCAGGUGGGUGAAGAUUCACUCAAUUAUUUUAAGAAGACCCACGGAGAUAAGACGGCUGAAACGAUCCUCGAGUUGCGGGCAAUGGAGAAACUCAUUGGUACGUACUACGAGAACACAGAUGGUGGUACAGGAAUGGUGUCCCUUGUGCAUAGCAUUGACAGCUGCAUUCACCACGAGCUGAUACACAACAAGACGAACACUGGACGCCUUGCAAGCGCUAAUCCCAACUGCCAGAACAUUCCAACGGAGGAUAAAUCACCACUUCGAGAAAUGUUUGUUAGUCGUUAUGGUGAAAAAGGAAUGUGUAUCGAGGCGGAUUACUCACAACUGGAGGUUGUCGCCUUGGCUGUUCUCGCGAACGACCACCAGAUGCUAGAAGAUCUUCGAUCCAAUGUGGAUUUCCACUGCAAGCGUGUGACAAUGAUGCGGCCUGAUCUUCAGUACACUGAGAUUCUUCAAAGAGCUAAAAAGAACAAGGAGCCAGAAUUUGUAAAGUUGCGUCAGCAGGCGAAGAUUUUUUCGUUUCAGCGCCAGUAUGGUGCAGGGGUAAAGAUGAUUAGUCAGAGCACCGGCCUGACACAGGACCAGGUGCGCACGCUAAUUGAAAAAGAGCGGGAGACGUAUCGUGGGGUUGACAUUUUCAACAACAUUGUCGCUUUGUCGGCUAACAACUUUGAUGCCUCACUUCAGGAUGGCUCACGCAAUGUGAAGGGUCAUCAGUUUUUUAAAGGAAUGUUUCCCGUUAUUACUGGUAGCCGCUACGUCUUUACAGAAUCGGAUGUGCCGGAAGGUAUGCUCCGCGAUAGGUCUGUGUCUGCCAAAUCAACGAACUUUUCACCAACGCACUUAAAAAAUUAUCCCGUACAGGGAUUUGCGGGUGAGGUUGUGCAGAUCAUGCUCGGUGUCCUCUGGAGGCAUUUCUUGCGAAAUAACAACUACAGCGGACUGGCAGUUCUUACGAACACAGUGCAUGACUGUGUAUGGGUGGAUUGCCACGACGAUGUGUUUCUUAAGGUCGCCGACGAGGUGGACACAAUCAUGAGUAGCGUGCGGGAAAUCCUCAAUCGACUCUACCCAGAAAUGGAGGUCACAGUGGAGUUCCCCUGCGACGUUGUUGCUGGCGAAAACAUGGGCGCACUUCGCCCCAUUGUUCGCGAAGAGAUGUUGUAA